GAAGGGGCCAUGUUGGUGGGUGACCCCGGGAGAGAUACCGGGCGAGAGGCGAAUCCCGAGGAGUGGUAGCGCGCGCAGUCCGCGGCUUGACGCCCAGCCCCUGCCUGUCCCCCAUGGCCCCAUGGAGCCGAGAGGCGGUGCUCGGUCUCUACCGGGCCCUGCUGCGCCAGGGUCGAGAGCUUCGCUACACUGACCGAGACUUCUACCUUGCCUCCAUCCGCCGUGAGUUCCGGAAAAAUCAGCAGCUAGAGGAUCCUGAGGCCCGGGAGAGGCAGCUGGAAAAGGGCCUGGUCUUCCUCCACAGCAAAUUGGGGGGAAUUAUUUAGGAUCCCCUCCUUUCCCCUCUCAUCCUAAUUCGAAGGGAAAGAGAACAAAGGUGUCUUCCGUAGACACUCCUGCUCUUCCCCAUCCCUACCUCACAGAUGCAGUAAGAAGCCUCAGGUGAACGAUGGCAGGCUCUGGUGAGCGCAGAGGCAAGAAGGAUGACAAUGGCAUCGGCACGGCCAUUGAUUUUGUGCUCUCCAACGCCCGGCUGGUGCUGGGGGUGGGCGGAGCGGCCAUGCUGGGCAUUGCCACACUGGCGGUUAAGCGGAUGUACGAUAGGGCGAUCAGUGCCCCUACCAGCCCCACCCGCCUGAGCCAUUCAGGGAAAAGGAGCUGGGAAGAACCGAACUGGAUGGGCUCCCCCCGGUUGCUGAAUAAGGACAUGAAGACAGGCCUGAGCCGGUCCCUGCAGACCCUUCCCACAGACUCCUCAGCCUUUGACACAGAUACAUUCUGCCCGCCCCGGCCCAAGCCAUUGGCCAGGAAGGGCCAGGUAGACUUGAAGAAGUCACGACUCCGCAUGUCCCUGCAGGAGAAACUUCUUACUUACUACCGGAACCGGGCAGCCAUCCCUGCUGGCGAGCAGGCUCGGGCCAAGCAAGCUGCUGUGGACAUAUGUGCCGAGCUCCGGAGCUUCCUGCGGGCCAAGUUGCCUGACAUGCCACUUCGGGACAUGUACCUGAGUGGCAGCCUCUAUGAUGACCUGCAGGUGGUGACAGCGGACCACAUCCAACUCAUCGUGCCCCUCGUCCUGGAGCAGAACCUGUGGUCAUGUAUCCCUGGUGAGGACACCAUCAUGAACAUCCCUGGCUUCUGCCUGGUUCGUCGUGAGAAUCCAGAGUAUUUUCCUCGGGGUAGCAGUUAUUGGGACCGCUGUGUCGUAGGGGGCUACCUCUCCCCAAAGACAGUGGCAGACACGUUUGAGAAGGUAGUGGCUGGUUCCAUCAAUUGGCCAGCCAUAGGGUCCCUCUUGGACUAUGUGAUCCGACCAGCACCACCCCCGGAAGCCCUGACUUUGGAAGUGCAGUAUGAGUGUGACAAGCAUCUUGUCAUUGACUUCCUGCCGUCAGUGACCCUUGGCGACACCGUCUUGGUAGCCAGACCACACCGGCUGGCGCAGUAUGACAACCUAUGGCGGCUGAGCCUGCGUCCCGCAGAGACGGCCCGCCUACGGGCUUUGGACCAGGCCGACUCGGGCUGCCGGUCUCUGUGCCUCAAGAUCCUCAAGGCCAUAUGCAAGUCCACUCCGGCUCUGGGCCACCUCACUGCCAGCCAGCUCACUAACGUUAUCCUCCACUUGGCCCAGGAGGAGGCUGACUGGUCUCCAGAUAUGCUGGCAGACCGAUUCUUACAGGCCCUGAGGGGACUCAUCAGCUACUUGGAGGCUGGAGUCCUGCCCAGUGCCCUAAAUCCCAAGGUGAACUUAUUUGCAGAGCUCACUCCUGAAGAAAUAGAUGAAUUGGGAUAUACUCUCUAUUGCUCACUCUCUGAGCCGGAGGUGCUGCUGCAGACGUAGGGCCGGUGAAGGCCAAAGUGGGCGUCAGGUGGUCAGACCCUGGCUUCUCCCUUAGAAACACGUGGCUGCAUAGUUGGUGCCUCACAGGGUCCCUAGGUGCCUCCUGUCUUGCUGGUCAUCGCCCCGGUCACUUCAUGCUCAUCAGAAUGCCAUCUCCUUGUGUCCUGUUUUCUCACCCAGCCCUUUCUGUUUUUGUUACCAAACACUGUGCUCCUGCUCCUCCGCUCCUCCUUGCUCCAGGCUAAUUUUUCUGGAAUGAAUUGAGAAGGUGGAGCACUGGCCUGAGCUCGUGUUUUGCAUUGUGGCCCAGGUUUUCUGUUCCUGUCUGCCCUGCCCUUUUGCCUGUUCCUUUUCAGUGUCUUCUCUUGUCUUUUCCUCUUGUUCACGCCUUCUGUUUUGCUCUUUCCCCUGGAGCAUAUCUGCCUAGUCAAGAUGUUGCCUUUUCCUUGAAUGUCACUGGAGAGUUACGAUUGCACGUUUCCAAGCUGAGCUCUGCAGAGUGAGUGCUCAGACAGUAUUUAGAGUUUCUGGGGGUAAAGCUGGUGGAAGAGCUGGCCUUUGACCCAGGUUCCUGGAGAAGAAGCCCAUUUCCCCCGCCUCCUGACCAGCUCCAAUAUCUAAGUGCUGAGAAGGUCUCAUGGGAACACUUAUUGACCCACACAGGAGGGAGGCUCAAUAUAAACUGGAUGCCAAGUUGUUUGGAGAUUGUGUUCUUUGGUGGCCACCAGAGAGACUGCAGUGGGGGAGCCGGCGGUGGUGAAGAGGGCCUAGGGAAGGGUGUGUGUGCCCGAUGGCUGAGCCUCACCCUUGGCUGGUCCAGAUCAGCGCUGCUGUGUGAGCAGCCGGGGGAAGAUGGGGAGGGAAGGGGCUGUUG